CAGAAACACUGCACGGCAAGCUGACUGUGUGGGGGAGAGAGUGAGACACAGUAAUAAGAGAGAGAGACAGAGACAGAGAGAGCGAGUGAAAUAGUGAAAUAGAGGGGGAGCUGACUGAAUAAUGUGGGAAACUAGACACUGAGGAACUACCCGAACCCGAAGAAGACUUUUAUGACAACGUUUAUGGGAGGCCAGGACAGGGACCACAACCUGUGGAGACCAUGGGCAGCCCCACCCCCCCUGUGCCUUCCCUCAACGUCACCGAGUCAGCUAACACAUCAUGGGCCGAGGCGGCUGGCGGCGAGCCCGGUUACAGCGAGGUGGAAAUGGUCCUCCUAGGCAUGUUGAUGUCACUGCUGGUCGUAGGCAUCGUGUUCGGCAACAUCCUCGUCAUCAUAGCCAUCUACCGGUUCCAGAGACUGCAGAACAUCACCAACUGCUUCAUCACCUCUCUGGCCUGUGCCGACCUGGUCAUGGGUCUCAUCGUGGUGCCGUUCGGCGCCUGUUACAUCAUCUUCAACACCUGGCACUUUGGCAGCUUCUGGUGUGAGUUCUGGACCGCCACUGACGUGUUGUGUGUGACGGCCAGCAUCGAGACGCUCUGCGUGAUAGCGCUGGACCGUUACCUGGCCAUAACCUCUCCGUUCCGCUACCAGUCUCUGCUGACCAAGUGUAAGGCGCGCGUGGUGGUCCUGCUGGUGUGGGUGAUCGCUGGACUCAUCUCCUUCUUACCCAUCCACAUGAAGUGGUGGAUCAGUGACGACGCGAAGGCGAAGGCCUGCAUCCAGAACAGCAACUGCUGUGACUUCAACACCAACACAGCCUACGCCAUCACCUCCUCCAUCAUCUCCUUCUACAUCCCUUUAGUCGUCAUGGUGUUUGUCUACAGCCGCGUGUUUCAGGAGGCCAAGCAGCAACUACGCAAGAUUGAUCGCAGCGAGGGGCGCUUCCACGCCCAUAACAACAACAUGGCAGGAGGAGGAGGAGGAGGAGGAGGAGGAGGGGUGGAGAGUAACAACGAGAGCCGAGGAGUUGGAGGAGGCUUCAGGAAGACCAAGUUCUGCCUGCGGGAACACAAGGCCCUGAAGACCCUCGGGAUCAUCAUGGGGAUCUUCACGCUGUGCUGGCUACCCUUCUUCGUCCUCAACGUGGUGGAAGCCAUCUGGAAGGUAGGGGACAUCGGACUCGCCUUGAGGAUACUCAACUGGAUCGGUUACGCCAACUCUGCAUUCAACCCCUUGAUCUACUGCAGGAGCCCUGAGUUCAGAUACGCAUUCAAGGAGAUUCUGUGCAUCAAGAAGGUCCGGUUCCCCAACAUAGGGCCUACUAAUGGAUACGUGUACAGUGCGCACAGCUGGCAGAGUGAGCAGCAGGGAGGGAGGAGUAAAGGGAGCUCAGAGGACAGGGAGGACAGUGACCCAGCUGCAGAUGGGUGCUCGGGGAGGGGAGAGGCCGGUGGGCGUGGAGCUGCAGACAGAACGGACCCGAACGGGAACUGCAGUAAAGGGUUAACGACUGUACUUUAACCCCUCACCUUUGAUCUUUGGAACAGACAGACAUAUUUCACUGCCAUCGGCCAUUGUCACUUCACCAAGUCACUGAGAUAAGACUGGAUGGAUGGAUAGAGGGUGAAUGGUGAGUGGAUAACAUGAGUGGGACUUGUUAGAUUUAGGUCAGGAGAGGAAUUUGGUUCUUUUUUACCAGUUGGUUUGAUAAGUAGAUCACUAUGUUUUGAUAUGUUCAUUUAGAGAGAGAUCAUGUAGAUUGUUCCAUCUACCUCACCGUGUCAAUUGAGAUGUCUUUAUUUUCUUACCAUGUUUUAUCUAUAUCUGUCACAUUGAUUCACUGAACACAGAAACCAGACUGGCUCAUAACUCCACAAGAUUGUUUUAAUUGUAAUACUCUUCAUGACUAUAGCAUCUCCUUAGAGGGUGGACAACACAAAACAUGUGAUGGGUUCGAUUCUCGCUGGUGCGUGAAAUGAAAGUGAAAUGUAUGAACACUUGACUGUAAGCCGCUUUUUGAUAAAAGCGUCUGCUGAAUGGCAUAUAUUAUUAUGAAUAUUUAGAGAGAGAGAGAGAGACACUUUACUGCUGAGACACACAUGGACCAUGUUCCAUUUGUUUUCCCAUUAACCAUUUUCUUGAGUUUCACACAAGAUAUAAACAUUUUUCAACAUCAGUGGAAUUCAUGCAGAUAAAAACACAGUGCAAAAAAUGACAAAAAAAAACAGCCAACAUCUUUAGAGAACAGAGUUCUUUUCUGCUCAUAAUUCCUCUGGCUUCGUGAGAUAUGAGAAUGACCCAGGGGAAUGGUGACAGGUGUGGUAGAACCUGUCGAAACCUCACUCCUCAAAACCUCACUCCUCAAAACCUCCCUUCUCAAAACCUCCCUUCUCAAAACCUCCCAUCUCAAAACAUCCCUUGUCAAAUCCUCCCUUCUCAAAACCUCACUCCUCAAAACCUCCCUUCUCAAAUUCUCCCAUCUCAAAACCUCCCUUCUCAAAACCUCACUCCUCAAAACCUCUCUUCUCAAAAUCUCCCUUCUCAAAACCUCACACCUCAAAACCUCACAUCUCAAAACCUCCCUUCUCAAAACCUCACUUCUCAAAACCUCACUCCUCAACCCCUGUCAAAACCUCACUCCUCAAAACCUCACUCCUCAAAACCUCCCUUCUCAAAACUUCACUCCUCAAAACCUCACGCCUCAAAACCUCACGCCUCAAAACCUCCCUUCUCAAAACCUCCCUUCUCAAAACCUCACUCUUGAAAACUUCACUCUUGAAAACUUCACUCCUCUAAACCUCACUCCUCAAAACCUCCCUUCUCAAAUACUCCCGUCUCAAAACUUCCCUUCUCAAAAUCUCACUCCUCAAAACUUCACUCCUCAACAUCUCACUUCUCAAAAUCUCACUCCUCAAAUUCUCCCUUCUCCAAACCUGACUCCUCAAAAUCUCCCUUCUCAAAACCUCCCUUCUCAAAUCUCCCUUCUCAAAACCUCCCUUCUCAAAACCUCCCUUCUCAAAACCUCACUCCGCAAACCUCACUCCCCAAACCUCCCUUCUCAAAACCUCCCUUCUCAAAUCUCCCUUCUCAAAACCUCUCUUCUCAAAAUUCUCACUCCUCAAAACCUCACUCCUCAAAACCUCCCUUAUCAAAACCUCACUUCUCAAAACCUCACUCCUCAAAAUCUCCCUUCUCAAAACCUCCCUUCUCAAAACCUCCCUUCUCAAAACCUCCUUUCUCAAAACCUCACUCCUCAAAACCUCACUCCUCAAACCUCACUCCUCAAAACCUCCCUUCUCAAAACCUCCCUCCUCAAAACCUCACUCUUCAAAACCUCACUCCUCUAAACCUCACUCCUCAAAAUCUCCCUUCUCAAAACCUCACUCCUCAAAACCUCACUCCAUAAACCUCCCGUCUCAAAACCUCCCUUCUCAAAAUCUCACUCCUCAAAACUUCACUCCUCAAAACCUCCCUUCUCAAAAUCUCCCUUCUCAAAACCUCACUCCUCAAAAUCUCCCUUCUCAAAACUUCACUCCUCAAAACUUCACUCCUCAAAACUUCACUCCUCAAAACCUCCCAUCUCAAAACCUCCCUUCUCAAAACCUCCCUUCUCAAAACCUCACUCCUCAAAUUCUCACUCCCCAAACCUCCCUUCUCAAAACCUCCCUUCUCAAAAUCUCACUCCUGAAAACUUCACUCCUCAACACCUCACUUCUCAAAAUUCUCACUCCUCAAAUUCUCCCUUCUCCAAACCUCACUCCUCAAAACCUCCCUUCUCAAAACCUCCCUUCUCAAAACCUCCCUUCUCAAAACCUCACUCCUCAAAACCUCACUCCUCAAAACCUCACUCCUCAAAAACUCCCUUCUCAAAACCUCACUCCUCAAAACCUCACUCCUCAAAAUCUCCCUUCUCAAAUCUCCCUUCUCAAAACCUCCCUUCUCAAAUCUCCCUUCUCAAAACCUCCCUUCUCAAACAUGCUGGCAAUGUUCUCUUCAGAAGACACAGCUUCCUUCUCUCCACAUUAAUAUUUAUUGCUAGUUAAUUAAGGGGGAGUUUUCAGAUAUUAUCGGAGGUAUUACAUUCAUAGAAUAUUUACAAUAGCUUUGAUGUAGAGAGUUGGGGGAAACGAACACUUGCCUCAGGGUGCCUGUUGAGAAACAGAAUUGUCUUGUGCUGUGCGAUUCCUUUUGAUAAGUCAAUGAUAUGAGUCACAAAUAUGGUUAUUGUUUGAUGUUGUUGCAAAAUAGCGGUCGUAAGUUAUGACUUUAGUGGCUUCAAUAACUUUUCAAAGCCUGUGUGAUUUGGGCACUACAGUCUUGAGGUUGGAGUACCUCUAGGCAGCACCAUAUGCCUUAUCUCUGGUGUACUAUACGUCUUUAUGUGUAGGGUUGGACACACAAGGCUUUUGCAUUCAUCGACAUGAUAAUCAAUUGAUAAUCGGUGCUGUGCCACACUUUCCCAAGCCUUAUUGAUCUGACCCCAGUGUCACAUCAGCCCUUCCGUCACCUCUCGUCAACUAUCUGCUCUAUCUUUACCCUUCUACACAGUAGUCCAUUUCCUCUCCCAGGUCUCCCGGUGUUGCUAGCAGAAGUCAGUGGUUGGUCUGCGGUUUGUUGACUGGAUCUGUCGUUGUCGUUCUGUGAAGUAGCCUGGUUUACUGAGAGCAGAGUCAAUAGUUUCCUCAGUGAUUGGAGGGAAGGGUACAGACUGACUCCAUGGAAUAACAAACAGUCUGUGGAACCAGGCCAGAGAUAACAGUGUCCCUGUCUCCUGCCCUAGAGGUGCUGCUUACAGGACCUAGGCAGGCUGCGUCGGAAAUUACACACUAUUCCCUAUCUAGUGCACUACUUUUGACCAGGGUCCUAUGCGGUCAACCAGUAAAUAUGAAUGAGACAACAGGUGGACUGAGAUGAGAUUGAGAUGUUUCUAAUCAGGAUGUGAUCGCUGGUGGGUCUUUGGAUCUCAGUGAAGUUUUCCAGAGUUUUUCCAAAGUAAACGGAAGUCUGGAUCGUUCAGGAAAUCUGCGCAAUGAUCUAACAAGACACUGACCUGGUUCUACAGAUGUUGAUGACGUCUCUCUCUCUCUCUCUCUCUCUCUCUCUCUCUCUCUCUCUGGAAAUUCCUGUGUUGUUGCAGGGCUGAGUCCUGUCCAGGCCGAUAAACAGGGGAUAAAUCCAUUAUCUCUGCUGUUUAGCCGGGGAAUCAGACGACCCCCUCCCUUCUAAACAACAGCUGCAGGCAAGGAGCAAUCUCAAGAUUAGGAUGUGUAACGUUCCCCCAGUCUGCCAGACCGUUAGCAGGAGGAACACAGGGCUCAAGUCUCUAAUGGCACAUCUAUUCCCCACACUCCUCAAGUGUCGGUGGCUGUGUCCUAAAUGAUACAUGAGUUUACUCACCAUAAGGGAAGUACUUUUGACCAGUGCCAUACUGUAUGGUGUAUGUUCACUAUCGGCUUCUGUCAACAGUAGUGCACAAUAUAGUGCAUAGGGGUAUGAGUCAGCCACUUGAAGAGAGGCAAAACAACAUUUAUUAGAGGUGUUGUUUUGGAUGUAACACCCCUUCCUCUGAUCAGCCAGGCAGCUCUAUGAUCUACAGCUUGAUCACACUGCAGAUGCGAAAGGAGAGAGUAGGCAAAUUUUAGCAAAGGCAUUGUUUUUGACAUAGCCCUAACCACUUCCCCUAGCUGUUUAAGACAUAGCCCCGACCACUUCCCCUAGCUGUAAACAGUCUUGUGAUCAACAGUGUGCUAUGACAAUAGUAGCACCACGCUAAAUGUAGCUACUGUUGGCCAGGAUUUUUUUGACUUGUCUAAAACAGUUUUAGUGGCCUGUGUGUCGUGGCUUUCCGUCUCAAGUGUCGUCAACUAAUGGUGUUGAAACUGUGAACCUUGUUCUUUUGGAUGAAUCUCUUUGUCCUGUAGCUUUGGCCGGCACCAAUUGUUGUCAAAAGCCCUGCAGCACAAAAAAUAAGUCAAUAUGGGUCAAUGUGUGAUAGAAAAUAAAUACCGUUUUUUAUUGGACUUUGUUUUUUUAUUCAUAAAUAAAUGAUAAAAAGUAUUCAUUAUUUCAAUGUUCAUUGUCAUGUUGAAUGUGCAAAUCUAGUAACCAUCUCCCUACUUUUGCAGCAGCAGCCUACAAAAACUGAAAAUUAUACAGAAAAGACACACACAUUGAAAAGAAAACAUGGUUUUAGACUUGGACAUAAAGAACCCACAUUUGAAUAAAUGCAAAUGCAGAGGGUAUGCAUUCCCCUGUAAAAGCCUGCAUGUGUGCUCUGUGUUUGUUUGUGUGUAUUGGACAUUUCAGUGCCGUUUCUUUAAUGCUGUGGUCUUUUGUGUCAAAAAAGGAAAAAAAGAAAAGCUUCUAAAGAGGAACAUCUAGCAUAAACCGGACAUCUACACUGAUCUCUCCUGGUCAUCUACUCUGCUCCCUCCUAGUCCUCUCCUGGACAUCUACUCUGCUCCCCCUGGUCCUCUCCUGGUCAUCUACUCUGCUCCCUCCUAGUCCUCUCCUGGACAUCUACUCUGCUCCCCCUGGUCCUCUCCUGGACAUCUACUCUGCUCCCUCCUAGUCCUCUCCUGGACAUCUACUCUGCUCCCUCCUAGUCCUCUCCUGGACAUCUAAUCUGCUCCCUCCUAGUCCUCUCCUGGACAUCUACUCUGGUCCCCUUGGUCCUCUCCUGGACAUCUACACUGCUCCCUCCUAGUCCUCUCCUGGACAUCUACUCUGGUCCCCUUGGUCCUCUCCUGGACAUCUACACUGCUCCCUCCUAGUCCUCUCCUGGACAUCUACUCUGGUCCCCUUGGUCCUCUCCUGGACAUCUACACUGCUCCCUCCUAGUCCUCUCCUGGACAUCUACUCUGGUCCCCUUGGUCCUCUCCUGGACAUCUACUCUGGUCCCCUUGGUCCUCUCCUGGACAUCUACACUGCUCCCUCCUAGUCCUCUCCUGGACAUCUACUCUGGUCCCCUUGGUCCUCUCCUGGACAUCUACACUGCUCCCGCCUAGUCCUCUCCUGGACAUCUACUCUGGUCCCCUUGGUCCUCUCCUGGACAUCUACUCUGCUCCCUCCUAGUCCUCUCUCUACACUGCUCCCUCCUAGUCCUCUCCUGGACAUCUACUCUGGUCCCCUUGGUCCUCUCCUGGACAUCUACACUGCUCCCUCCUAGUCCUCUCCUGGACAUCUACUCUGGUCCCCUUGGUCCUCUCCUGGACAUCUACUCUGCUCCCUCCUAGUCCUCUCCUGGACAUCUACUCUGCUCCCUCCUAGUCCUCUCCUGGACAUCUACUCUGCUCCCUCCUAGUCCUCUCCUGGACAUCUACUCUGGUCCCCCUGGUCCUCUCCUGGACAUCUACUCUGCUCCCUCCUAGUCCUCUCCUGGACAUCUACACUGCUCCCUCCUAGUCCUCUCCUGGACAUCUACACUGCUCCCUCCUGGUCAUGACCUCUCCCUGCACCUUGGUUCUGUGUGUGUCAAAGUUCAUCAUGGUGUAUGUGUGUGUGGGUGCACAUGUGUGCAUGCUUGCAGGGCCGGCCCUAGCCUUUUGGGCCUCUUCCACCUCACGGGCAAAACAUUUUAGUGGCCCCCCUCUUGACAGUGGAGAGAUUUUUGUAAUUUAAUUAACUGCAAUUCUACACAUUUUGCCAGUGGGGCAUAGAGAAAAUGUAGAAUUAUUUUAUUGAACACGUUUGCUGCACCUCGAGACAUUGGGUGGAGAGAUAAAUGUGCAAUUUUACAGCACAUUUCCUGCAGUUCUACACAAAAACUCUGGAUGCACAACCAAAUUUCGAAAUUACACCUUGUUUAUUGUACUGUUCUAACGCUCAACAUUAACCUGAGACCCUGACUGAGUUCCCAAAAAACUGGUUGCCUAUAUUUCUUAUGCCUAGGGCCGGCCCUGUGUGUGUUUCCUGAAUAAGGUGGUGUAGUAUAAAAUGUGUGUCUCUAGACAGCCAAACAGAGAGAGAGAGACGAUGUCAUUAUGUGCAAUGAUUCUAGAACCAACUAGCUGACUCUGCAGCGUUCAGCCUAGGACCAUGCAGGGGUGGGGGGUGGGUAGGGGGGGCAUUAGGACCACCCACACAUACACACACACACACACACACACACACACACACACACUUCUACCGACACGAACUGCUAGACAUUAUACACUUAACUACUGCUAAGUUGGUGAAUCAGGUUCCACUACGGUACUAAUCAAAUCAAGGUGAAUAGUUCAUGUCCACAGUUUAGCGGAUGUUAUGAAAUGCUUACGUACAUUACUAGUUCCUAACAAUGCAGUAAAAUGUCAAACAAGUACACAAAUAAUAAUAAAACAUUUAAAAAAAUGUAACAAAAAAAGAUAUCAAGAAUGUCAGGUCAAUUAACAACCCACAUUGCCCUGUUUAAGUAAUCUAGAUGCAAUCUAUACGUAUAUACACCGGAGGAUAUACUAAGAAUGAUAUACUAAGAAUGAUAUACUAAGAAUGAUAUGCGAUGCGCAGCAGUACAUACUGUAUAUUAGUCAGUGGUUGAAAAAGUACCAAAUUGUCAUAUUUGAGUAAAAGUAAAGAUACUGUACCUUAAUUGAAAAUAACUCAAGUAAAACUGAAAGUCACUCAUUAAAUUAAAAUACUGCUAAAAGUCUAAAAGUAUAUGGUUUUAAAUAUACUUCAGUAUCAAAAGUAAAUGUAAUUGGUAAAAUAUACUAAAGUAUCAAAAGUAAAAAUAAAAGUAUAAAUAAUUUCAAAUUCCUUAUAUUAAGCAAACCAGACAGCACCAUUUUCUUGUUUUUAAAAUGUACAGUUAGCUAGGGGCACACUCCAACACUCAGACAUCAUUUACAAACAAGGCAUGUGUGUUUAGUGAAUCAGCCAGAUCAUAGGCACCAGGGAUGACCAGGGAUGUUCUCUUGAUAAAUGCAUGAAUUGAAAAAAAUGUAUGUCCUGCUAAGCAUAAAAAAAUGUAACGAGUACUUUUGUGUGUCAGGGAAAAUGUAUGGAGUAAAAAGUACAUUAUUUUCUUUAGGAAUGUAGUAAAGAAAAAGUUGUCAAAAAUAGAAUAAAGUAUAGAUACCCCCAAAAGCAACUUUUAAGUAAUACUUUAAAGUAUUUUUACCAAGGUACUAUACACUACUGAUAUUACUGAGCUAUGUCAAGAAUCCAGUGUAUAAAUAAAUAUGUGGUUUGUAUAAACAGUGUAACAAAAUACAAAGUACAGUAGUAGAAAUAUCAGAAUGAGCUAUGUCGGGAAUACAGUAUUUAAAUACUCAAUGUGAAACGGGAAACGUCCAGUGGUUCAAUGUAUUUACGACACUGGACAGCAGCGGUGGCUGUUUGUAUGCAUGAGUGUGUGAGUGUAUGUGUUUUGUGAGCAUGAGGGGUGUGAUAGCUUGUGUCAGUGAGUGUGCAUCCCCUGCAGGACAGCUAGUGAUGGCUGUUUAGGUAAUAGAAGCUGUUUUAUUUGUUGUUGUUUUAGUGUACAUAACUGUGUACCUAUGCCAGUGUCUAGUCAUCAAUGUUUAUGCUACCACAGACUAAAUACUCCUAAAUUGCAUCCCAAAUGGCACCCUAUUCCUUACAGGGCCCAUAGGGUUCUCUUCAAAUGUAGUGCACUACACAGGCAAUAGGGUGCAAUUAGAGACAGUUUAGAUGUCACAAUCACACUUCAUACAUCGAAUAGGCCUACCUGUAUCUGUAAGUGAACUUGCUGUGUGGUCUGAAUGGAAGUGCUGUAUCAGUUCAAUGUUUACUAUAUGUUUAUUUUCAAGAUAUUUUGUGCAAGAUUUUGUCACUGUUUUGGUUGGGCUAAGGACCCAUGUUCUAAUGUCCUGUGGUAUUUAUGAAAUGUUCUGAUGACAUUUCUAUUGGAGUAAUAAAUGAUCUAUUUGUUGGAUGUUA